AUUUUCCCAUAUGGAUUAGAAAUCAAAUUUCGCCUUCCAAAUUGGCUCAUUCUUCGGAAAAACCCUUCCAGAUUCUUGCCGCAUUCCUUAAUCCUUCCAAUAUUUUCACCUCCGAUUACGUUCAUCGUUCGAUCAAUCACCCAGAAUUCCGGCGACGACGACGAAUCAGGAAGUAAUAGCACCAAAAUGGAGUUAGCAGACAAGACGGUUGGAUUUUUGUUAUCGCUAACUAGCUUGUCGAUAUUCACUUACUAUACUUUCUGGGUCAUUAUCCUGCCAUUUGUUGAUAGUGAUCACUUCAUCCACAACUAUUUCUUACCACAAGAAUAUGCCAUCUUGAUACCUGUAUUUGCUGGUGUGGUUCUUCUGUGCUUAUUAGCCAUAUUUGUAGGAAUAGUGAUGCUCAAGUCCAAAAAGAAGAAGGCAUGAGGAUAGAGUUCAGUAUUGUCUGUAUUUUUGAUAGUUUACUUCAAAAAUGUGCUGCCUCGAUGAUUUUCGAACCAUUAUGGUUUGUUUUUUUGUUAAUUGAUUGGUCAAAAAUCUUGUUUUUCAGUAUAAGAUUCAUUUUACUUCAAUUGAAAUUAUUACCAUUUAUUUCUCCA